AUGGCGUCCUUCACCAAAGACCAGGAGGAAUAUGCUUCAUACACCUGCGACAACGCAGGCGACCAAAUCAACCAGGAUGUCAAGAGCCCGAUCUUGCCCUCCGAAAAUUCCAAACAUGGACGGAGAGAAACCGCCCCUGGGCACACAAUACUUUCGGCCCUGCCUUCGACAGCCAGCGAAAACCUCCCCAUCACGUACCAGUUAAUGCUGCUGAUCAACCAAGCCAAGUUCAACGGUGGAAUUGUCAGCACCGGAUUUGGAAUGCAAGACUUCGCUGCGCAUGGCUCCCGCCAGGUCGCCCGAGGGGGCUACUUCCAGACGCGUGAGUUCGACGGUCUCGGUGUGGCCAAGUAUCCCAUCUUUGCUACGGCCUCGACUGAGCUCUCGGCCAAAAGCUACAAGGCCGUCGCGAACGAGUUGCGUGUCCUCUCGCAUCCCCCGCUCAUGAAGCAUCAAAAUAUCGUCAAUAUCAUGACCAUCGGCUGGACCAGACUGGACCCUGUCGCUCCCACCUGGAUGCCCAUGAUCUUCCUCGAACCGGCCGACCUCGGCACCUUGACCAAGUAUUUGUCCGACAACCGCCCAGGGGUGGACUCAAAACUGGACAUUGCACGCGAUGUGGGGGCAGGACUGCAGGCGCUGCAUGCUUGCGGGAUUAUGCACGGAGACCUCAAGAUGGACAACGUCUUGAUGUUCAAGGGAGAGAAUGGCAAGGUUCGGGCCAAGCUCUGCGACUUUGGGUGUUCCUACAUUAUGAAGUCCCGCGAAAAUGAGGACGAGAGCGCUGAGGUGGAAAUCACGACGGGCACAAAGCCGUGGAACUCCCCCGAGCUGAACCGCAAGGUUCCGGUUUCGCUUCUGCGAAACGUGGACGCAUAUUCCUUUGGCCUGCUGGUUUGGAGCGUGUUCCUCAAUGGGCGCAACCCGUUUGAAGGGAUGGACGAGGACGACAUUGACCACCGCAAGGCGCAGGAUCUCAUAAUUUCGGACGCUUCACUGUCACUUGAGGACCAAUACAACAAGAACACGAUUCUCCAGGGCAAGCUUUCCAGCCACGACAGAACUCACCUCUACAUGCGAGUUGCAAUGCCGAAGCGAUGCUUUCGGUACACCUUGGCUUGGGCGGUUCAAGACCGCGAUUUGGAUACCGCCAUAAACAGCCUGUCGUUUGAGAAUCUCUAUGGGAUGGUAGGAUCCAAGGAUGACAUGAUCUUGGAAACGUCAAGGGUUACCUUCGGUACGACUGGGAUUGAGUUUCUCAGACUCUUCGACAUCCCGUGGACCGCCAAGGUCAUGUUCCUCCGAUCCCUCGAGCAAAUAGCAGCAGACGAAAGCAACUCAGACGAUACGAGAGCCGGGGCCUAUCUGCAGCUCUGCUACGCGCACCUCGACUCAUUCGGGACAUCCACCGACUUUGAAAAGGGGAUUAGAUGCCUAAAGGCAGCCGCAGGACUUGGUUCCACUACAGCUGCCUCCAUUCUUCACCCCCUAAUCCUUGCGACCGGACAUACGAUUGACCCUGAAAUUGAGAAGAGUUUGAAGGAAUGGUUGGUCAAGGCAGUGGCCGCUGGCUCCUUGUUAGCUCGCAGAGAGCUUCAAAUGUUGGACGAGGAUCCAGCGACUUUGAGAAAGGCUGAGGAAGAACGCAGGUUGUGGAUGGGGGCAAAGACGCCUACCGCCAACGGGUUCGCUGAUGCCGAACAUGUCGACAAGAUGUUUCUUCCGAUAAAUCUACCGGUGCUGCAGGUGCUUCUCGGUGCUGGCCAAGAAUCUGUCCUUGAGCCACUGGGCGGCCGCCAGUUGAGGUUCAUGAGUCUCUCCAAGAACACAUAUCUCCAUGCCGGAGCCGCGUUGGGCGUUGACCACGAUCACUUUCGCAGUGCCAUCUCCGUGGUGGAUGACGAGACGGUCAACGCUCAGGAUCAGGCUGGGAACACAGCACUCCAUCUGGCCAUCCAGUUUGGAAACGUCAAGAUAGCUCAAAUCCUUCUGGAAAUGGGUGCAAGUGCAUCGCUGACUAACAAACGCGGGGAGACGCCAUGGCAUUGGCUCAUAUCCUUGGGCGAUGAGGAUGUUCGUCUGCUGACGCUCCUGAUGAGGGACGAUGCCGAGGGUCUUGAGAGCUUCGCAGCGGGGAGAAAUACCCUCGACAAUCAAUACGCGGUCGAACACGGCGGGACGCCGCUGCAUUGGGCUGUGCAGAUGAACCGUCAUACUAUGGCCGUCGAACUUCUCGACUGCGGCGCUGACCCGCUCCUUGAAUAUCGAGGCUUGUCGCCCAUCGACCUGGCCAUCGACCGCAAUGCGCCUGAGCUUUUGGAAUUGCUUCUCCAGUCCGCUGCCGAGAGCGGGCGGGAUGUCUUGCCAAUGCGGACGUUGACCGACUUGACAAACACCCAUAACCCCAUUGACAAAAACGAGUCGAGCGUCGACAGCCUGCUCCUCCAGGCAACUCUCAUCCGACCCAUGCACGAGCGCCUCUUGUACGGCGGCUCUGCUUGGCUUGCUGGUCAGACAUCGACACUGAAGAUUCUCCACGAGCACGGGCAUUUGCCAUCGUGGGACGAGGAAAACAAUCAGGCCAGGUUGGGUGCGUUUCGCGUACUCAGCUUCUCCAGCACUACGGGACCUGAGAUGAUGGACGCGAUGAUCGAAGUAGCAGGAAUUUUUCCCAGCAGUCCCGAGAGUGAUGUAAAGGAUGAUUCUGGGAGCACCGACGAGGCCGCCCUGAAAUUCUGGAAGACCGCCUUGCAGAACAUCGUCAAGACUAGCACGCCCACCAUGCUGCAUUAUACGAUUCAAAAAGUUCGGGAAUACUCAUCGACUUCCCGCCUCGACGAUGCAGACGCGCUUCUCUAUCAAUACUGCGCCUCCCUUACAGCCGACGUAUCCGUGGUCGAGACCCUCUUGAAGGACUGUUCCAGUGUGGACUGCGCCACCGAGGAUGGACGUACUCCGUUGAUGAACGCGGUGCGCAACCGCAAUUUUGAGAUUGCCACGUACCUUCUUGAGCGCGGUGCCGACCCGGGUCGCUGGUGGGUCAACAAUGACGACGACAAGGAACGCCUACAUGUAUACAUACUGUACGAGUACGUCGUCAACAACACCGACGUUGACGUCGUCCCGCUCAAGUACCUCCUCGAACCGACGCACCCAUUCCCAGACAAGAUGCCACCAUUCCUCAUCGGACCCGACAGCAAAGACACUGUGCUCCACCAAGCCUGCAAAGACGGAAACCCCGUCAUCGUGGACUACCUGCUCUCCAAGUUUUGCUCAGAGGACCACAUAAACCACCACGGCGAGGGCGGCUUCACCGCGCUGCACCAUGCCGUCUUCAACGGUCACGCCGACCUGGUCGCGAAGCUCUGCGAAGCCGGUGCCGAUGUUAACGUCAGGAGCGGCGUCAGCAACAUGAUGAACCGGCUACGCACACGCCCACUCGAUCUCUGCUUCUGGCGGGCGACACAGAGUGUGGAGUUUUUGGCCAGAAAGUUCGGGCUCGAGCGGACAAAGGAGGAUAUCUAUCUCGGCCGCUUGCGCAUCGCCGACCUCCUGCAGCGGCGCUACGGUGCGCGCCGCGCGGACCGCUUCCUCGCGCACCGCAGCGUGGCCAUGAGCCUUGCUGUCGGUGCCGCUGAGAAGGGCUUGAUCCGGUUGCUGGCCGAAGCCCUCCGCAUCGUGGGCAAAGAGAUGGUCUCGACCGGCUACAGGCAUGUCGACUUUCCGAUUUUACUGACGAACCUGCUUUGGCUUGCCGCGACGAAGGGCCAUGUUAGUGCGACGCGUCUUUUGCUCGGUCUCGGCGCCGAUCCGAAUCAGCGGUCACCCAAGGGAGUCUCACUUCUGCAUAUGGUGGCGGGGCUGGGCCUGGCAGAGGUGGUGUACGUCCUGGUCAAAAAGGGCGGUGCUGACAUCAACGCCGAAGAUCCCGCGGGGGAGUCGGUGGCGUCGUAUUCAAUGAGGUCGAACGACGUUGCAACGGUUCGAAUGGCGAAGAGCCUAGGUGGGUAUUUUACCAUGCCCAGGGCCAGUAUGGCGAGAGCUCUUGGCUUUGAGCCACCUUUCAGCGUCAAGUUUACUGUCAAGGUUGGUGGCGAACCGAGCGAUGACGAACUUGGUGACUCGGACGAGGAAGAGAAGACCAGUGGAGGCGCAGAAGGCGACGAAGAUGACGACGGCGACGAAAGCGAUAGUGGUCCCGACGAUGGACCUCGGCCGGAGGAGCACGGGGUUAGUACGCAGGGUUGA